AAGGCGUUGGCCGCGCGGGGUCAAUGAGGUCUUCCCGUAAAGAAGAUGUGAUAGUCAAAGGAAGGACCAACCAAGAAGAAGGAAGUUGUUGGCAUGAGGGAAGGAGGAAGACGAUGAAAGCUACUGCUUCUUUAGCUUUGUAUCAAGCAAUCGCCAUUAGAGUAAUGGGCAGGUCGACGAGGUCGGGGCCGUCACCAACAAUCGUCGCAGACCCUCCUGUCGUCCUCGACCCACUCUCUCAGUCUCUCCUGCUCCUACUCCGACUUCGAGUUCACAGUCCCGAUCUCCCCCUACAAGUCCGCCGCCCUCUACCCCACCGACGAGCUCUCCUACCAGGGCCAGCUCCUUCCCCUCCAGCUCGCCCCCGCCUCUCUAUGGUCCGCACCCUCCUCCUCUCCUUCCGUCCUCCUCUAGCAUCGCCACCGACUCCUCCAGAAGCUCCUCCAACUUCUCCUCCUACUGCGACUCGUCUUGCUCAAAGAUCAGUCAAGAGAGCUCCCUCUAGCCGUCGAAGGUGACGCUUCAAUGGCGGUGGAGGCGGCCGAACAAAGGGAACCUUGAGAGGACAUGAAUGAACUGACGAUGUAAUUGUUUUAGAUUUUGGGGGCAAUUAUGGUAUUUCAAGUGUUCUUACAUGGUGAGGCCCAUAUGGAAUCAGCCCUAAGUGGUAGUCACAUAACCCAUCAUCAGUAAAACACAUGUAUUGGGCCGCAAUUGAGCUCGACCCGGAACAACCUAUUAUGGACUCGAUUUGCAACCAAACGACGGACUGGGCUUUCGGUAUGUAAUGGGCUCGUAGCUGAAUAGGCCAUUCAGGCCUACCAAACAACCCGGAAGUGUAAAGGGAGGAUGCCCAAAGUGACUAGUCUGACAAAGAAUCCACAUCAUUGGUAUCAACUCUUCAAUUGUCGUUAUCUUCCCAAAUACAAUGCCGCAACAAAAGCAAAGAGA